AGCCGCAGAGCGCUCAGCAGAAGUCAACAGCACAAUUUCUGCUCCAGCUGAUUCGGUCGCCAUUUUUUCUGGACAACAUAAACAAGAAGUGGGAGUUAGGUCUGCGGGGUUCGCUCGGUUUCUGGGAGAAGGAGACGCUUCCCGCCGGUGAUCUGCUGGUUUCCACCGACGAUGAGGACGGCGCUGGUGACCUGAGCCGCGGUGUCAGUCAGUCAGGAGAUGGGGCUCCACGGUGGAUUUCCUCACCGGGAGGGAGCGGGGGACAUUUAAGAGGUGGGCGGGGGCAGCGGAGGGGCCAGGCGGAGAUGGACCAAGAUUACGAGAGACGUCUGCUGAGGCAAAUCAAUCACCAGAACCUGCCCGAGGCCCGGGUCGUCAAGCACAGAGGAGCGUCCUGCAGUCCCCUCACCGUCAAGUCAGGUGACCGAUACAUCCCCACUCGUGCUGGAAGCAACUGGAGCAUCAACUUCCACUACGCCAACGAAAACCUUCGCUCCCCCAGCCAGAACCAGAAAGCGAAGGACGCCAGUUCAGAUUCAAGCAAAGAUGCCGUGACGUACGCGGCGCUGUUGAGGAAUGAGCUGCUGGGCGCCGGGAUCGAGGCGGUGCCGGACCCACAUGCCGACGACCGACGGCAAACCGUCGUCUCGCAGGAGUCCCAGAGGCUUUUUAGGUACACAGUGCACAGCGAGCGAGUGCCUUUCGACAGUGACAAUGAAGUCUCACCGUACUCCCUCUCCCCGCUCAGCAACAAAAGUCACAAGCUGCUCCGCUCCCCGCGCAAACCGGCCCGGAAGAUCUCCAAGAUCCCCUUCAAGGUGCUGGACGCGCCGGAGCUGCAGGAUGACUUCUACCUCAACCUGGUAGACUGGUCGGCAGGGAACCUGCUGAGCGUGGGACUGGGAGCCUGCGUCUACCUGUGGAGCGCCUGCACCAGUCAGGUGACCCGGUUGUGCGACCUCUCCGUGGACGGGGAUUCGGUGACCUCAGUGUGCUGGAAUGAGAGGGGAAGUCUGGUCGCCGUGGGGACCCACAAAGGUUACGUUCAGAUCUGGGAUGCCGCUGGAGGCCGGAAGCUGACCAGCCUCGAGGGUCACUCGGCUCGUGUCGGCGCGCUGGCGUGGAACGGAGAGCAGCUGUCGUCAGGGAGUCGGGAUCGAGUGAUUCUCCAGCGCGACAUCAGGACGCCGCCAUCGGCGGAGCGCCGGCUGCAGGGCCACAGACAGGAAGUGUGCGGCCUCAAGUGGUCCCCGGACCACCAGCACCUGGCUUCGGGCGGCAACGACAACAAACUCCUGGUGUGGAACAGCUCCAGUCUGCUCCCCAUGCAGCAGUACAGCGACCACCUAGCGGCGGUGAAGGCCAUCGCCUGGUCGCCGCACCAACACGGGCUGCUGGCGUCCGGUGGCGGCACGGCGGAUCGCUGCCUGCGCUUCUGGAACACGCUCACCGGCCAGGCCCUGCAGAGCACCGACACCGGCUCACAAGUCUGCAACCUGGCGUGGUCCAAGCACGCGAAUGAACUGGUGAGCACUCACGGCUACUCCCAGAACCAGAUCCUGGUGUGGAAGUACCCGUCGCUAACACAGGUGGCCAAGCUGACCGGACACUCCUACAGAGUUCUCUACCUGGCUGUUUCUCCAGACGGCGAGGCCAUAGUCACCGGAGCUGGUGACGAGACACUACGCUUCUGGAACGUCUUCAGUAAAACACGCUGCACCAAGGAGUCAAAGUCGGUGCUGAACCUCUUCACCAGAAUCCGGUAGUGGACAGUGCUGGUCACCAACACUCAUAGACACCGCAGCUCCCACUCCACCGUCCACUUCCGCAAUGACGGGCAGUUGCAGUUCUCCCAGUGGUGCCACAGGGGGCGCCACUGAUCAUUUAAAAAAAAGGAGUCUGCUUUUAUGUCUUUUCAGUCCUGGAAGAGUGUUGGCUGUUUUUAAAGAGAUAUUAAAGGAAACCUUUACUGCUACAACACAAGACAUUUUUGUAACAGAAUGAUGGUGGACAAGGGAAUAUUUUGAUAAUGUGACGCACAAGAGUCAAUAAAUGAGUGACAGUUGUUCAUCAAACUGUGAUAAAACAGGUUUUAUUU